AGUGUAUCUAAUUGGACUCAAUGCUUCUUUUAGUAUUGUUUCAUCGACAUCUAAAAGAUUGCGCACUCUAUACAUAUUACUGUUAAUACGUCCUUGUUUUUCCACUUUUUUGCAACGUAACAUUCUUGUAUCUGUGCCUUCAUGUGCGGAAUAUUCGAUAAUUUGGUUACCUGAAAAUGGGUUAUAUAAGUUGCUUUACUAUAUUUCGUUCUUUAUGAUUAACAGAUAUAACCAGUCUCAUCCUACUUAAAAGAUCUAGCAUAUUUAUGUAAAAUAUACUAAAAAGAAGUACAUGUAAUACUUUUUUUUUACCGUACGCCUCGUACCAAUCCAAAUGCUGAUUUGUAAGUAAAACGAUGAACGCCCUUAAAAGUUCAAACCAGUUUUAUGUCAUUGGCCUUUUUGGUUAAGCACUGAAAAAACUUCGUGAUGUGAGUUAUGCUCAUCGUUGUAUUUUAAGUAGAAGAGAGUUUUGUUUGUGCUACUGUAUUAUUAUUGUGUUAUUAUGUUGGUUUUAUAUUUUGUUUACUUACUAGCUAACCACUAGACGAUAUUCUCUAAAGGAUAUGUGUCGGAAAUACUUACGACGGAACCACCAUAACUGUCCGGUGGCCACGAAAAGCUAUUAUAGCGUAGCCGCUUGGAUUAUUGCUUUUCACUUCUUCGGUGCGUAGUAGAUUCCGUGCCAUCUUUCAGAUAAUGCCAUUGCUAUUAUCCAAAACUUUAGAGGUGAAAAAAUAACUGGUUAUGAUAUGUGCUGUUGUCAAAAGAAGCCUUCUAUCUCGUUUCCUUGGCGAAAUGAUUUUUCUUUGUCUGAAUGUAACGACAAAAUUGUUCAUUGUGCUGAUCAUAUGAAGACUCCUUGAAUUUUCAAACCUAGAGCCAUCAUAUCGGCAAGUCCCUAUACACUGCGAAAAAUGCGUGUGGUUUAGGCCAAAUGUCAUUUGCACUUGCGCUAAGAUUUAAAACCUGAUGGGAUGUACCCGAAUGACAAACACCCUAUCACCGGAGUAAGCAGCAAGAGUGUUCAGUUUGAGUGCUAUGCAAUUGGACAUUUUUCACUAGACAUUCCGAGGCGAGAUACCUACUUUAAAAUUGUGAUUCAAGCGGUAUGUCUAGAGCCCAAUUUGCAGAUAGUACACAAACAUGCAAAAAGUUACGUUACCGAUGUUAAGUCUAUUACCUAACGGCUUUAUUCAAAUUGCUUCGUUAUCGACAGAAGAUAAGGAAUAAUUCAAAUACAGGAUACACAAUUUAUUUGAUUUUAUUACGAAAGCAAUACAGCUUGUUGUUACUAGCUGAUGUCUUGUUGUACAAAUAUAACUUUCAUUGCAAAGUUUUGCAACUGCAGUUGCGGGAAUGAUAAGACACAGUAUUUUUUUCAACCACAUGCUGUUUAGUGUAUUUCUAUACCUUUUCCAAAAACUUUCACUUGUUCUUCAUUUUUUUAUAUCCCCACGGUGCUUCUAAAGAGCUUAAAGUGUAGAUAACUUAAUGUGAACACUUAAUAAUACGCAACUCAUAUCAGGUAUUUGUUUACAGUUAACCUCGAAAUAUUUAUAUAGCUUGUAACCGAGAUAAAAUAUUGUCAUUGCUAAACUAUUUGUAUUUAUACAGUAACGGAUUUGUUCAGAACCCGUUAUCACAAUAUAAGCAAAAAGGGGUUGUAACAACUUAAAAAAUUGUUUCGCAGUUGUUUGUUUUCAUGAAUACCCGUCGAAUAUGUUCAUUUAUUCGCGGCAUUUCGGCGAUGUCUGUUUGUCCCUCCAGGGGACGCCACCUGUAUCGGCCAUCGAUCCAAAAUCUUUGCUUCAACUUUCAAAAUGGCGGCUUACUUAGUCGUCAGGCUAAUAUCGUAAAUGAUGCUAGCAUUUCUUAUUUUUAUUUUUUCAUUGGCCGUUGCUCAAGUUCCUCCUGAAAUUACACAAUUCCGUAUGCCUGAUGAUCUCUCGGAAGGUAAACGCCUUACACUCAUGUGUUCAGUUAGUGCGGGCACACCUCCAAUAACCUUCUCAUGGCAUAAAGAUGGCUCCCCAAUUGGGAAUGUGCCUAAUAUUCGUGUUGUACACGUCGAUGAGUACCAGGAUAACCUGCAAAUUGAAAAACUUACAACUGAUCAUAUUGGAAAUUACACUUGCAAUGCAAAAAACCUCUAUGGGUCAGACCAUCUGAUAAUGCGGGUUAUUAUGAGAUUUCCACCCAAAUGGAGCAAUAAUGAGAACCAGCCAAAUCAGACGAUCAAUGGAGUUGUGGGUGCAAAUUUCACCAUGAAUUGCUCUGUCAUAGCUCAUCCGGCAGCUGCAAUCAAGUUUAAAUUCGGAAAAGUCGAGCUUGGCCCGAACGAUCGCUAUCAUAUAAUUCCUGGUCACCUAACAAUUCAUAAAAUUAUUCCAAAAGAUCAAGGAGAAUAUACCUGCGAAGCCUUCAACAUUUUAGGAAAAAUCUCAAGAAGAGUAUCGCUUCAACUUAGCGUUCCAGCCCGAUUCAAGGAGAAAACUGCUGUCGUGACAUCCCGUCGCUCUGAAACAACCCGGCUGAAAUGUUACGCUCUCGGAGAUCACCCCAUCUCCAUCGUGUGGUCGAAAGGAAACGUCAAACUAGACAAAAGGACUAGUUCGAGGUACCAGAUUGUUGAGUCAAUUACGACGGAUGGCAUGAACUCUGAACUCCUGAUUCGAGAGACCGAUCGCACAGACUCAGCAUUGUAUUCAUGUAACACCGAAAACAAGUUUGGAAGUGAUGAGCGUAAAGUAAAACUUAUCGUCAAAGAUGUUCCUGGACCACCACAAGAUGUUAAGGUCCGUGAUAUCUGGUCGCGUUCCGUAUCGGUGCACUGGACACCUUCGUACGAUGGCAAUAGCCCUAUAACCAAACACAUUGUACAAUACUGGAAGGAACAUGGUGUAUCGUAUAGGUUACAAGAAAUGGUGAUUCCAUGGGCGCAGCAAGUCACUCUCGUGCGCGACCUCCAGCCAGGGACCCAAUACGUACUAAGCGUGACGGCUGAGAAUAACAUGGGCAAGAGCGAACCGUCCCGCACAGUGACUUUCACAACGAAUGAAGAAGAGCCUGAAGCGCCUCCAUUAGAUGUGAACGCCAUAACGCAAGGACCAACGACUGUGCUGGUGUCAUGGAAGGCCCCUCAAAAAGACGCCUGGAAUGGUGAUAUCGAAGGCUACUACAUUGGCUUCAAACCGAAAAAUUCCGAUGGAAGUGCAUCGUACAGGAGGGUGGACCAGACGAACAAUAUCACGCAUGAAUUCAUACUUCAAGGUCUCAAUAAGGGAACGGAGUACGAGAUCACGGUCAAAGCAUACAAUCGCGCGGGAACAGGACCUACCAGUCCGGAAAGACUGGUCAUGACUAGACCUGGCGAAGAUUCACCCGAUAUUCCACGUCUAUUCGUGGAUGCUGUCACUGCAGAAUCCAUCAAAGUCCACUGGCAACUUCGCACGGGAGGACUGAAGUUUAAUUAUACGGUGCAUCAUCGUCAAGCUGACGGUGGCGCGUGGCUUGAGAGUAUCAUAGUGAAUGCAACGAGCAACAGCUUCACCCUGGAGGGUCUGCGAAGUGGCACCACGUACGAGAUAUUCCUUACAGCAUCUAAUGGAAUCUUACGGGGCGACCCCUCACAAAUUCUCAAAGUUCAAACACUUCGAUCACCGGACAUGUUAGUCGAAAUGUUCGAAACUGACGGAGAACUUCCACUCUACUUCAACAUGUACCUCAUUGUCCCAGCAGCAGCCCUUGCUCUCGCAAUAAUUGUCAUCGUGGUCAGCUCGUACAUUUGCUGUCGACAAAUGAAGAACGUCCAACAGCCUUUACCACAACAGGAGUUAGCGUUAUAUGGGACGGUGAUGCCCCAGCGCUGUGUGGAUGCUGCGGGAAAUGAGUUCACUCUCGCCUAUGGCACUGUUCAGACUCAGUCUGAUUCUGCGGCAGUUCAGCUUCAGGCGCAGGCGGCACAAAUGCAGGCAACUACCGCUGCUACUCUUGUCCAAACUACUGGGAACACCAACAAUACUGGUACAUGGAGUCGCAAAGAGGCGCCUAAGAACCGACCGUUACCAAUUCCAACGGAGGUCACCGACAAAGCCACGGGACACUUUUACGACAGCGCCCAAUAAAAGAAACGAAGAGUCGUCUAGACAGACAUGCUUAACAGUUAUCAAUAUUAGCCAUAUAUACCCAUUCGUAUAUUGACCUCAAUGGCAGCCAUAACCACGGAAGUUAUUUUGUAGUAACAUCAAAUACUGGCUAUCCUAACAUAUAUCGAAAACAUGAGUCAUCUCCAUAUAACCAUGUUGUUAAUUUCAACUAGUUAAUUUAGUGCUCAGUGAAUAAAUUCAACGUACUGAAAAUAGCAAGACCUGCUUAAAUGCAUCUUACAGAGCAGUUCAACUAGGAUUUCGUUUCCGCGUGCAGGUUUGUUCCUCGGAAGAAAAUUGAUCAAGAUUACAACGGUAUAACAGAUUUGUACACCCUGGAAAUUCUUACGAAAAUAGUAUUUGCUCACCUUGAAAUGUUAUUAAUAUUAAGGAGUUUAACACGAGAACGCUGAGCCACGAUUGAAAUCAGUGUGAAUGUAUCUCACGUAAGUGAUCUGGACGCGUGAUCGCAAUAUACGUACAAACGUGUAAAUUAAGGAAAACAUGGCUUUCUGGGGACGGCUUUUUUGUUUGCAGCAUUAUGUACCGGAUAUUUACAGAAACGAAACUAUUCUUAUUAUAUGUCGACAGUAUCAAAACUUAACUUGUAACUGACAUCUACAUACGUUAAUGUAGCUCGAAGAAUUAAUCAUACAUAUGCAUUAAGACAUAUGUGAAUAGAAAGAGCAUCAGUGAACAAUUUUUAUGGCGCACCUUUAAAGGACCUACUCGAAUACAGAUAAAUUAUACAAUAUAUAGUUUUUCGAAUUUGACUAUAAUGUUGCUGCUAUCGAUGGCGAUGAUGGUUGGCAACUUGAUUGACACCUGCUUGAGUAUACACUUUCCUUACAUUUUCAAUGGUCAAACAUGAAUGCGAUAAAAACGAUCCUCUUCGAACCUGCAGUGGCACUGUACGCAAAUGCGCCCCAUGCAGCAAGACGUCUACAACAGAAAGAAUACCUUCCGAUAGAGAUUAUUUGACAAAGGUAACAUGUAUUUGUCUGUGAAUGUGAAUGAGUAUAUUAGAGAAAAACUUAGUAGGGUAUACGAAAUGGACAAAGAUCUUCACCGCUUACCAAAAGUCCAGACAGAGUGUUGAUUUCUGGAGAAGCGAUCAAGGAAACAACAUACUAGUCAUUGUAAAUGAUCAUUACUAGAGGACUGCUUUCAGUUCCAUUUAUGCACAUCUAUGUACUAUAAUAAUAAUAAAGAGGCAUUACGAAAAAUGAACGCAAAAUAAUAUAAUCGAUUAUAACAUAAGUGUGGGGAUGAGAGUUUACAUAUUUAUAUUAUGAAACGAUGAGCGUAAUAACCAAAGAGAAUGAUACUACUAUCGUGAUAUACGUCAAUUUCACGUUACCAUCUAUUAUGGAAACGGGGUGGAAAUAAAGAUUAAAUUACAUCGU